CGCUCGGAAUUUCUCCUCGCCAGUCUUUCCCGAGCUCUCUUGCCCACCCUCGCGUCCUCGUGGAGAGCUCGCAGGAACAUGGCGGGUGAGCAUGGUGUUGUGUACGGCGCCGCCGCGAUUCUCCCUUGCAAUGGCGCGGCACGGCGACUACGGCUGCUCUAAACGCGAGCCGUUUUACAGGAAUGCCGGACGACGGUGAUGGCCUCGUGCCGAAUCAGAGGCCCCCUUUGGGUGAAGCAGAUUCGCUGAAUACAGAGAACGAAGAGCUCAGCCGCUGGAGCCACUUCUCCCUUGCCAUGUUGGCAGCAGAGCAAGAAGCGGCUUCUGCCGAACAACGUGGAGAGGACUGUGAAGACGAUGAUGACUCCUCUGCCCGGCGCCACGAGCUUGAGGAGCCAGACCCAGUUACGAAGCUGGAGCGCUACGCUUACAGUGAUAUCGUCUUCAAUCGGCAGCUUGUGGCCCGGAAUAUUGUGGACACCUUGCGUGUUUGCCUUGAUUCUCAAGAUGCUGUCAGUGCAGUGCUGUCAGCCCUUUCCUCCAUCUCUAUGGAUUGUGAACCAAGUGUACGGACAGAACUGGUGGAACAGCUUCCCAACAUUGCCAGUUUUUGUGCCAGUGAAGGUGGACUGCUGGAAAAUGUUGUUAAAGAGCAUGUGGUUUCAAUCUUGGUGCAGUACCUUACAGAUGUUGCCAACCAGGUCAGAAAAAGGACACAAGUGUCCCUGUUGUUCAUUUUAGAACGAGGAUUGAUAGAUCGCAAGCAGCUGGAAGAACAGAUAUGCAGUCUCGUGGUGCAUCUCACCGAAAGUGAGAACAUGGAUGACUAUCGCAUGGAAGCAGUGACAUUGAUGACAAAAAUGGCACCCUAUAUUGGAAAAGAAACAACUGCUGCAUUGUUUCUCCCACGUUUUGUCAGUCUAUGUCAAGACUCUUCCUUCCACAUACGAAAGGUGUGUGCUGCAAACUUCGGAGAUUUUUGCAGCAUUGUUGGGCAGGAGUGUACAGAAGACAACCUUAAUGUGUUUCAGAUGUUAUGCGAAGACUGCGUUUGGGGAGUGCGCAAGGCCUGUGCUGAGGUUUUCAUGCCAGUCUCGUGUGUCUGCUCCCUGGCCACACGUCGUAAUAGCCUGGCACCACUUUUUCUUAGCCUGCUGGACGACCAGUCACGAUGGGUUCGGAUAGCAGCCUUCCAGGCUCUGGGGCCAUUCAUCUCGACAUUUGCCGACCCACUGCGCACAGGGCUUUACUGCAGUGAGGAUGGGGUGGUGAGUGUGCGAACACCAGAUGGCCCGGCAGAUGCUUUUAUCGAGUUAGAGGCCCCCAGCCCAGCAGGCAUCCCUGCAUUGCCCGCACCUUUGGAGAAGCCUGGUCUUGGGGAAGAUACUCACACCAGUGAUCUGCCUCUUGCCAGCACUGUUGUGCUUCCAGCUACUGAUCUGGUGAACUGUAGUGAGGUGGCUGCAGUGGAUGAAGAUGAGGGGGCCUCGGCGGUGCUAGACAAAGGAGAGCAGCAGGCAGUGUGUGAAGAUGACAAGGGGGAGCCCUGCCGUGCCAACUCCUGUAUGGCCACUGCGGAGGGUACUUGUGGCCAUAAGAGCAGCUCUCUCAUUGUGGUUCUGCCAGAUCAGCCAGAAGACGUUGCUGCAGGCUGCAGUGCAGAAGCAGUGGCAGAUUCAACCUCUACUGCACAAGGAUCGUCUGAAGGAAACGAGCCUCAAAAAGAUGUUGCACAAGGAUUGCUUGAAGGAAACGAGCCUCAAAAAAAUGUAUCGGGGGAACCAAAAGAGCGCACACAAAACUUCGGGAUUAAGGAGCCCCUGUCUGUUCAAGGAGACAGGCAUAGACUAGUUCUUCAUGUGGAUUCUGGACCCGAGAGCAACUUCAACACAUUCCAGUUCUGGCGGGUACCUAUUCCAGAGGUGGAAGUGGACAUCGAGUUUCUAGGAGAUCGGGCUACAGCUGUCCAUGUCAGGGCAAAGUCUCAAGACCAAGACAACCGUUGUUUCUCUUCUGAUCUAAGUGUUGAAGUGCUGGGUGUGAACACCCAGCAGAGUGCUACCACAGCUGUCUCAUCAGGGCAAGACAGCACAGUUCCUAAUGAAAGGCUCUCUGGUGAUUCAUCAACUCUAAGAAUUAGGACGGCCUCUUUAUCUUCACUAACAUCUGCUGAUCAGGAAUGUAACCUACUGCUUUCUUCUUCAGUCACGGAAGCUUCUGUGUCUUUUAAUGAAGCUGGUGAAGUGGCAGGUGUUCACAAAAUAAGGAUGAGCAAGUUAAAAGAGGUGGCAGGCAGUGAAAACACACUCCUUUCAAAAUCUUUCAAGUUUGCUUCUGAUAGCUGGUCAGCACAGGAUCAAGACAUAGUGCCUGUGCUCUUGCUGGAGCGGUACCAGACCAUGACUGACCCUGCCUUAGCACAAAAUUUGGACUCUGAAAUCGGGCGUCACUGUGCCCAUAGCCUACCUGCCGUGGCACUUACUCUUGGUCGCCAUUAUUGGCCUUGCCUGCGGAUGACCUACCGCUGUUUAGUGUCUGAUGUACAGUGGAAGGUGCGACACAUUGUGGCAUCCUGCUUGCACGAGCUAGCCACUAUCCUGGGCCCACAAAUUGCUUCGCGAGACCUGGUGCCAAGCUUUGAGGGCUUUGUACGGGAUGUGGAUGAGGUGCGAGUGGGCCUCUUGGAGCGGCUUGCACCGUUUUUACGUGGUUUGAGCAGAGGAGACCAGCGUCGCUCAUUGCCUUUGUUAGCAGACUUCCUCUGCAUGGAUAACCAUCGCAACUGGCGCUUUCGCUUCACUCUUGCUCGGCAAUUGAAGGAGAUAGCUGCACUGUACUGUCCAUUGGAUAUUCAUCAGUACCUAGUCCCCAUUGUGAAUGACCUGCUGGUGGACAAAGUGGCUGAAGUGCGUCACAUGAGUAUUGAAGCUGUGGUGAUGUUUUUGCAGCGGUUGGAGCCCCACUACCUCAUGUGCAAGCAGCUGCUGCAGGAGAUGUGUGUCAAAGUGCAUGAUCGCAAAUGGUCUCAACGUCAAUUAUUUUGCGAAUUGGCUGAGCAGAUGGUGAAUGAAGAGUGCCUAAGUGAGGAUGAGUUCAUUGGAACUGUGCUGCCGAAGCUGUUGUACCUGCGCAAUGACACAGUGCCUAAUGUGCGCAUGGCCCUUGCACGUUGUCUGGUCAGGAGCAUUUGGCCCAAGGCCUAUUUUUGGGACACUGGAAAUUUCUACAGAGAGGAACUGAAGGCAACCCUGGGCAGUCUUCAAGAGGAUUUAGAUCGGGAUGUGCGCUUUUGUGCCCAGACAUAUCCAAAAGACUCUGUGGACUGAAUUGAUUUAGGCAUCGCUUUCUUUCAAACCUCCUCUCCAAAAACGUCAUUAGCGAACCCUUGCAGUGAAGACAACGGAGCUGUGAUAACACUCUUGGGGGGGAGGGAACUUCUGUUUUAGGUGUUAUUUUAUUGUUGCUUGUGGAGCUGCAACACUGGUGAGGCAAGGAUUCAGUGCCAAUUUUGACGUUUUUGAACAAGUGGCAAGAGACGUUUAUGGAGCAUGCAUUCUUGGCUUUCAGCUCGUCAACUUUCUAAUGAAAUACCCAGCAAAAGCCUUUUGUGCAAUUUUGUACAGUUAUUUUAACCUUUUAGAUCUGUGUGAAGUUUGCCUCUGUGCUUUUUGGAAUGAAUUCAGGCCAUUUGUGACCAAAAUGAGCAUGCUGGGAGCCAACUAGUCCUCAAGGAUAAAAACAAAUGUUUGGGUUCCUGAUGCUGCUCUGGUUGUAGUCAGUGGUGCCCAUUGACAACUGAUAAUUUUUUGGCAAUACUAUUUGCAACAGGCAUGGCCACUUCUGUGCACUUUUGCACAAAGAUGUGCUAAUUACUGCCCCAAUCAAGUAAAGCGUUGCCAACAAUUGAUGCCUGUUUGGGAUUGCUUUCCCUUCAACUUUUCUAUGAGCUGAUGUGGCACAUUAUCUGUGAUAUAUAUAUUAUAUAUAUGAAGAAAAGGGUUGGAGGGGUUGGUGAGAUGUCAUUCACAGGAUGCUUUGAACUUUUCUGCUGAAGUUUUGCAUUGCAGACCAUGUGAUAACUGGAGCAGUUGGAAUAUAUCUAUUUUUGUAUAAAAUGUUCACCUCUUAGUUUACCAUAAAUAAAA